AUGGGGGUGGAUUAUUAUAACGUAUUGAAGGUGAACAGAAAUGCUACAGAGGAUGAUCUAAAGAAGGCUUAUAGGAGGCUGGCCAUGAAAUGGCACCCUGAUAAGAAUCCUAAUAACAAGAAAGAAGCAGAAGCCAAAUUCAAGCAGAUCUCCGAGGCAUAUGAGGCAUGCAAAAUAAACAGAAGAAAAAGGCUCAAUUCAGGUGGACUUUUAUUUUCUGUUCCGUCUCCAACAAGGAAUUCUUUAAGAACCGAAUGGCGUGUGGUCUUGAGCGAUUCUCAGAAAAGAGCAAUUUACGAUCAGUAUGGCGAAGAAGGACUGAAAGAUAUGCCGCCUCCAGAAAGAUAUGCAAAUGGAAAUGGAGGUGGAUCAAAAGGAUUUAAUCCUAGGAAUGCAGAGGAUAUAUUUGCAGAAUUCUUUGGAAGUAGUCCUUUCGGAUUUGGGUCAACCGGACCUGGGAGGUCUAUGAGAUUCCAAUCUGAUGGAGGAGGGGGAAUGUUUGGCGGAUUUGGAGGAAACGAAAAUAUUUUCCGAUCAUAUAGUGAGGGUGUUACACCAAAGAAACCAACAGCAGUGGAGAGCAAAUUGCCUUGCAGCCUUGAGGAGCUGUAUACUGGAUCAACAAGGAAAAUGAAGAUCUCAAGAACUGUGGUUGAUGCAAAUGGACGUCAAGUGCCAGAACAAGAGAUAUUGACCAUUGAUGUGAAGCCAGGAUGGAAGAAGGGAACCAAGAUUACAUUUCCAGAUAAAGGUAAUGAGCAGCUUGGCCAGCUGCCAGCAGACCUUGUUUUUGUGAUUGAUGAGAAGCCCCAUGACACAUACAAGAGAGACGGCAAUGACCUCAUUGUGAACCACAAAGUGACAUUAGCGGAGGCAUUGGGUGGAACCACAGUGCAUCUCACCACGCUGGAUGGUCGUGAUCUAUCCAUCCCGGUGACUGACAUUGUGAGCCCGGGCUACGAACUUGUUGUUGCCAGGGAGGGCAUGCCAGUACCAAAAGAGCCUCGUAACCAGGGUGAUUUGAAGAUCAAAUUUGAGGUGAGGUUCCCUACAAGAUUAACCCCAGAGCAAAGAGCUGGACUUAAACGAACUUUGGCCGGUUGA